AUGGGGCCCACAAUGCGGUUGGAGAAGGAGCAGCUGGAGGAGAGCGAUGUGGCGUCGAAUAACGACCGCUCGCGUCCCUUCUCUGCCGCCGACCUGGUUCUUGGGUUAACCGGCGCGAAGGAAACCAUGCCAAAGAAACAAAAGACGGUGCAGGAGAUUGUGGACGAGCAGGACGCGGACGCAGACGUGGUUCGGGCUGGGCGCUGCUGCACUGUUGUGUUCCUACCCUUGCUAGUGGUGGCGCUGCUUGUGGGCGUCCUGCUGAGUGUUGGGGUGACAAGCGGGAGGGCGCGGGAGGUGAAGGGGGUGCCGCGCGCCGUGUUGUUCAUCGUUGAGGGGUUCAAAGGACAGACAUUCAACAAGCUGCUCGAGGGGCAGCGGCUACCACACAUUCGACGGAUGUUGGUGGAGCAGCACGGCGUGUAUGCGGUGUGCGCCACACUAGGGGACGCACGAUGUGCCCGUGCAGCCCCUGCCGUUGAUGCGGUGACAGGCAAGCCGUUCGUCUCCGCCGGUGCCGGACUCGCAAGUAUUCUCACGGGCGUCUUCCCGCGACGCCACGGGGUGGCGACCGACUCACAGGCGUCGUACGCCGUCUUCGCCUCGACAUCCCUGCAGUUUCCAAGCGUUGCUCUCCGUGUGACCCGCGCUGGGAGGAGGGCAACGGCGGUCGGCGGCCACCGUCUACUCAAUGGGUUGAACGCGAGCACGGGGCAGUGCAGUGUGCCAGGCCUGCUGGACGCAGAGUGCGCCAGCCCGCCUGGCUCAGCCGCUCCUGCGGAGGCCGCUGCGGGCUCUACAGGCCAGCCUGCCGUUGCUGCUUCGGCGAACGCUGGUGACACCCCACCCGAGAUGAGUUGCUUGCACCAGAGGUCCUGCAACUUAUUCAGGCGGGUGCUGACGCUGGCUAGCGGCCGUGGCGGCAGCGAGGAACGCCAGUUUACGGAGCACCUCACGCAACUCUUUGGCAGUCUCUCCGGCGAGGGGCAGCAGGCUGGCGACAGCUUUGAUGACAGUCUCCUCAUAUUCAACUUUAACGCACUCGCCCUGCGCUCGGGGGACGCCGCUUUGCCGGACUUCACCUACGAACCGGAGUCGCUGGAGUAUGCAGCACAGGCCUUCCUCAUAGACAGCCUCAUCGGACAGGUGCUUGCCCUCGUCCAGCACCGCGCCCGCUUCAGAAAGGAAAACUGGCUUGUGGUUGGCACGAGCAACCACGGCGGUGUCGGGAAGUCGUUUGGGCACUUCGGCGACGAGGACGAACUCGUGCCUUUUUUUGUGGCCACCUACACAACAAACACCCGCGGCUACCGACGCCUGCGGCCGCUGACGCGGUCAGUGACCCACAUGGACGCCGCCCCAACGAUCCUGCAGUGGCUCGGCAUCGCCCCGUAUGACACGGAAAAGAGUGCCGUGGCGGCAGAGGAAGGGCUGCAGCAUGAUGACAAGACCGCUGCCGCUGCAACAUCAACAGCGGCAGCAAGAGCGCCCCCCCGCGCUGCUGCGUCUGAAGAGGCACGUUUAGACGGAGUGCCGCAGGGCAUCUGUGGCACUGGCCUGAAUCCGAAGGACUGCGUGGUGGAGGAGCAGUGGAAAAAGAAGUAA